AUGACGAUUUCAUUGCUAUUGCAACGCUUCGCAACGUUGAGUACCAACUGGAGACGGCGCCGACGGCGACGCAAACAGCACAACGCACUAACAACAAUCCAUGAUAAUUGCAAUUGUGCUACAACAACAACGAAAAGUACAAGAACAAGCAAUGCUUUUAAUAAAAUCAAUAAAUUAUUGCUAAUUACGUGCAUGCUGCUGAUAACAACUACAACAAUUUGUCAAAGCAAUGUACCAGGCGCAGCAGCUGCGCCCUCUGCCGCCAACAGCGACGACGACGACUCAACUUCCAGCGAAGCGUCCGCAUCGCUGCUGAGCACGCUGCUCAAAUCUCACGGCGCCAGCUACAACAAGCAACUCUUUGCCAUGCUCUCCAAGAGCAACCAGGACGGUGUUGGUGGUGGUAGCGCUGGAGCUGGAGCGCGUAACCAUCGUCAACACUACUCGCUGCCGCUGCGGGACGACGACUACGACGACAACUCCGAUGUGGCCAAGACGGAUGAAAGCUUCACCGCGCAGCAUAUACCGCCUGAUAUAGCCGCUGCCACAUCGCUGGAGACCAACGGCUUUGUUGCCGACGAUGGCGAACAAUAUGAGCAGGCAGAGCGUGCGCUGGCCGCAGCAACUUUUGAGUCGGCGCAUGCCAAAAAUAACAACAACAAUCGCAGCAACAACAAUAGCUGCCCCAAAGAGUGUAAUUGCCUCAAUAAUAUCUUUGAUUGUGACAAGCAGCAUUUGGAGCAUGUGCCACAGCUGCCGAGCUAUGUGCAAACGCUGCAUCUAGCUAGCAAUAAACUGAACGAUAGCACAGUGCUGGAAAUAAACAAUUUACCGGAAUUGCAUAAGCUCACUUUAAAACGCAAUCAGCUGGAUGUGAUGCCCAAGUUUACAGGUCUGGUCGCAUUGAGGCAACUUAACUUGGCGAACAAUCGCAUACAGCGCAUUUCAAAAUUAGCGCUGGCCGCGCUGCCCAAGCUCAAGUGGUUGGAUCUGAGCAGGAAUCAAUUGCACAGCUUGGAGGCGCAUAUAUUUCUGGCACCCAAUCGGCUGGCCCAUCUCAUAUUGAAUGCCAACGAGAUUGCCAGCGUGGAUAAUAAUACGUUUGUGGAUUUGGGAAAUCUUACGGAGCUGGAGCUGAGCAGCAAUCGUCUGAGCAGUUUGCCCAAUGGCGUGUUUAGGAACUUAACUCGCCUAAAGAAGCUUGCGCUCAACAACAAUCAGCUGGAAAUCAAUUAUUCUACAUUUCAUGGCUUGACUGCGCUGCAGCGUUUGCAACUCAGAUCCAACAACAUCAAAGCCUUGCAAACUGGCGUCUUUCAUAUUAUGCGCAAUCUGGAGCACAUUGAGCUGGAUCACAAUGGGAUUAGUUCGCUGUCACGCGGCUGUUUAUUCAAUUUGACGAAAUUGCAUCAUUUGGGCUUGAGCAACAAUUCCAUUCAACGCAUUGAGCUAAACACUUUGGAGUUUACGCAAUCGCUGCAAUCCUUAGAUCUAAGCAAUAAUGCCAUAAGUGAGUUUAAGGCGCAGCAUUUGGAUUGCCUGCAACGCCUGAGGACACUGAAUUUGGCACAGAACAAGCUGCAGUAUUUGCCGGAGAAUACCUUUGAUUGUGUCAAGAAUCUGGAGGAGCUGAACUUGCGUCGCAAUCGUCUGGCUUGGAUAAUAGAGGAUCAGUCCGCUGCAGCGCCGUUCAAAUCAUUGCGCAAGCUGCGUGUGCUUGAUCUCUAUGGCAAUAAUCUAAAACAAAUAAGCAGCAAGGCGCUGGCGGGUCUAAGCAAUUUGGAGACACUUAAUCUAGGCGGCAAUGCCUUGGCCAGCAUACAGCCCAACGCAUUUGGCCAUAUGCUAAGUCUGAAGAAGCUUGUCUUUAAAUCCGAUAACUUUAUAUGCGAUUGUGACUUGACGUGGUUUCGUCAGUGGCUGAGGAAUCGCUUUGCCUCGCAGGCAGCUCAGCUGCUCGGCAAUGUAGUCUGUGGUUAUCCCGAUCAGCUGCUGGAUCAUCAGCUGCGCAGGCUAAGCGAUGCCGAGCUCGCUUGCUCUGAUUCACCCAAGCCAGCGCUGCAUCAAGAGCCCAGCAAUGAGCUGGCUGUCAAGGGCGACAAUAUUACGUUGAAAUGCAUCGCCAGCUCACCGUCAGCGGCCGUAGUAGCCGCCGCCGAUGAGUUCAAGAUCAUUUGGCGCCACGACAAUCAGCACGUGCCGGAGCGUCAGACGGCGCACGAUGGCGCCAGCACUGAAACGCAGAUUCAUCACGAUCCCAGCACCAAUCAGACAACUAUCUAUGGCUAUUUGCAUUUGGGCAAUGUCAGCUUUGAGAGCGCUGGUCGCUAUCAGUGUGUGGUGUCCAAUGCGUUUGGCACCACCUAUUCGCAGAAAUUUAAAAUCUCCAUAGGCACACAUCCGAGCUUCUUGCAAGUGCCCUCCAAUAUCACCUUGGAUCCAGGUGAGACAGCACGUUUGGUUUGCGCCGCCAGCGGUGAUCCAACGCCGGAAUUAGCGCUGGAAAAGUUUGGUGCUACGAUAUUCUCGGCUGCCACCGAGAAGCGUCUGCUGCGCGAAGAGAAUACUUUCCUUAUAACCAAUGCCAAGCCAAGCGAUUCGGGCAUCUACACCUGCAUCGCCUUGAGCUCAGCGGGUGAAAUUAAAGUGAAUGCUACGCUACUGGUUAAUGAUAAAGCGGUGCUUAGUCUGCCGCUGGUGCAUAAGGAGGUGGUGGUGGGACGCAUUGCAGUGCUGGAGUGCUUCACACCAGAGUCUGCCAAUCUGGACUCGAAGUUGACCACUCGUAAGUGGUUCAAGGAGAACAAGCCAUUGCAUAAUUCACCUACCGCAACUGACGCGGAGCGUUACUACUUUACCGACAACAAGGAGCUGCUGGUCAUUGUGAAUGCCCAGUCCAGCGAUGCGGGACACUAUCGCUGCGAAAUCACGGACAACUCACUCACAUUGACGCUGCUGGCGGAGCUUGUGGUGGUGCAGGAGGGCUUUAACUUUUAUGUCAUGCUCUUGGGCAUUAUAGUAAUAACGCUUAGCUGUCUGCUGCUCGGGAGCUGCAUCAUUUGGUGCACACUGCGCUAUCAGCGACGCAAGGCCCAGCUGAGCACUACCCAUGCUGUCAGCAACAGUCAGCAGCUGGAUCAGACGCAGCUGACAACGCUGAAUCGCACGCUCUUGCGGCCACAUCAGUCGCAGUUGAUGUUGGAUGGUCUGCCGCCGUCUGGACAGCAGUCACAGCUGCGACCGCGCAGCUUGGCGGAUUUGGGUUGCGGUGAAGCGCAGACACAGAGUCGCCUUAUUGUGACAACGACGCCGUCCUAUGAGCAGCGCUGCCUGGAGCAGGGACUGACAUUGACUUAUCUGCAGCAGAGCAGCGAUCUGGAGGCGCAGCAGGAUCAUCUUAGCAGCAAGGAUUCGGGCACAGGCUCCGAUGCGGCUGUCAAGCGCAGUCUAGAGGACUUUGUGCUUGCGCUGCCGCGUCAACGCAAUGCAGCGGCCGCUGAUCAUGACGACGAUGAUGAUGAUGAUGACGAGGAUGCAGAGCUACAAUUUGCACCCACACGCGCACUGGGCGUCUCCGAGUAUGAUGAUCUUGAGCUGUAUGAACUCAACAGCAGCUCAGCCGAGCAGCAGCGUUUCCUGCGCAACAACAAUCAGGGCUACGCUGGCGUUGGCGUCGGCAGCAAAUGCAGCUUGCAGCUGGGCAGUCCAGGCGUUGACUAUAAGCAGUCCACCACAGUGGACAUUUAAAAACCAAAUUGCAAAAUGCAAAUUAAACCAAAACAAACCAAAAAUUUAAGCUUUGGUGGGCUGCUAAUAAAGUCACGCUCGCUGCUGCCAAAAAUAAAUUCAAAUCCUCCCGCCAGCCUAACCCAAAAACAAAAAAUGGAAACUAACAAAAAUGAAGCAAAGACUGUUACUUAUAAUUAGUAAAAGUAAAACAUGACAACGGCCUUAGCUAUAGCCUUCGCACACAUGCAUACAUCAGGAUUACAUAGUUGUAUAUGUAUUAAAUGUAUGUAUGUACUUUAUACCAGUGUCUUCGUAUAA